UCUCCUUCCGCCAGCCAAUCCUCAUGGAGGACUUCAAUGCCCAGAUGUCAUUGCGGCACACGCCAUCUUUUCGCGACUCCAGAGUCGUGCUAACUGGAAGUAGAGUGGGCUGGAAAUCUUAAAGAGAGGCGACAAGACUGACUCCAGAAGCACAGGUCCCGGAACAGACAGACCCCAGAGACUCGCAGUCUAAAGCAGAUUGCCCUGUCGUGAAGAAACCCCUUCGGAAGACCCGAAGCAACGGUCUUCCUGCAGAGAGAAGAAAAUGGCUCAUGACCAGCCUCUGCUGGUUGUGCAGGAGGCCCUGAGGAAGUGCUUCCCUGUGGUGGAGGAACAGCAGAACCUGUGGCAGAGCACCCUGCAGGACUGCUCGCCCCUCCUGUCCUCUCUCAGUAACCUGGCUGAGCAGCUGCAAGCCGCACAGAGUCUGCGCUUUGAGGAUGUGCCAGCCCUGCGUCCCUUUCCAGACUUACAGGAGCGGUUGAGGCGCAAGCAGCUGGAGGCUGGUGACGUUGUUCUGGACAAGCUAGCUGAGCGGCUAGCCACCCUCCUCAAGGUCCGUAACACCAUCAACAGCCACGUGGAGCAGGUGUUUCAGGCCUACGAGCAGCAUGCGGCUGUGCUAGACAUUGACACCGUCCUGCGCCCCUCAGUUGUGAGCCCCUCUGUGGCUGACAUGUUGGAGUGGCUGCAGGACAUCGACAGACAUUAUGGAAGCUCGUACCUGAAGAGAAAGUACCUCCUCUCCUCCAUCCACUGGGGAGACUUGGCCAGCAUCCAAGCACUGCCCAAGGCCUGGGACCAGAUUUCAGAAAAUGAGUGCCAAACUCUUGUGUCAGGUACUGGUGUCCGUCAGUCCUGUGCUGCCUCUCUGGAGAGGUUAGACACACCCCCUCCGUGCUCUUGGGCCUUGAUAAACCUGAUGCUUUGUCCCUUGCUUCCUGUUCUAGAUGUCCUGGUGAGUGUCUCCUUCUUCCUGGAGGAGCCAGGAGGCUGUGCAGCGUCUGGAGAUCUGGAGCACCACAGCUGAGGGCUGCCAUUGCUACACUAGGCUAUUUCUAAGUGAGGGUCAGCAUUGCUACCUGACUCACUGGAAUAGCAGUGCCUAGGACUUCUCCGUGCUAGGCCAUGGCCAAGGGUCCAUGACAGCUGCACCUAUGACUCUGAGAAGCAGAUAGAGGCUGAGGAGACAGGAAAGGCAGUGCUGAUAAACAGUGUCCACCAAGGCAGGAAAGGGCAGAAUGCAAGGUUGUGUGGCCACCGCUGCCUAUGUCAUCUGAACCAUAGUCUCUGGUUGGCUCAGGUCCUGAUUCUGUGUGUGUCAGUAUCUGAGUCCUUAAUGGCUUAAAGAUAGGAGUGGGUCUGGGAGUCCAGGGCGGGAGCAGUGUGUGUGUCUGGGGGGAGGGGGAAAGUUGGGGGACAAAGUCAAUCACCUGCAAAACCCCAAAAAGGAAAGGACUGAAGAAAAGGGAACUUUUAAAAUGUUUACUCCUUCACCGAAGCUCAUUAUGAAGCCAGUUUCCAUUUCCAAAGUCAGCCACCAGGGGGCGAUGGUGCAGCGUGAGCGGUUCUGAAUGCCUUGUUCUUGAGGGAGGUCCCCUGUUGCUGUUAAAAGCCACUGAGGUGUCUGUGGGGAGCUGGGUAUCCCACCCAGGACUAGGGAGGCAAAGACAGGUGGGUCUUUGUGAUUUUGAGAUCACCUUGGUCUCUAUAGCUCCAGGUCAACCAAGGCCACAUACUGAGACUGUCUCAAAAAGGAAGACAAAAAGGUAAAGGGACCUUGCAUUGGCCACGGUCUUCUGAGUUUGGGGUAACCGGCCAGGGGAGGGAAUGCCGGCUGUGAUGGUUGGUUUUUAUGGUCCACUUGACAAAGCCACCUCGGAAGGGAGUCUCAGUGAGGAAUGUUCUAGAUUUGGUUGGCUUGCAGACAUGCAAGAUUUUCUUAACUGAGGUGAGAAGACCCAUCCUGAAUGUGAGUGGCAGCAUUUCAUGGGCUGGAGCCAGGAUCAAAGGAGAAAGAGCAGGCUAAGCACUUAGCAGGCAUUCACCUUUGAUGGUGAGUAUGCUGUGACCAGCAGCUGCUUCAGGUUCCUGCCACUGACUCUCCUGUAGUAAUGGAUUCUAACUUCAAAUUAUAAGCCCAAUAUCUGCCAAUAGGUGUUAUCAUGUUUUAGGGUUCUCUAAAGGAACAGGACUAGUGAUAACAUGAAUGAAUAUAAAGAGAGAGUACUGAGGGCAGCAAGAGUGAGGGCCGGCGUACCUAAAGCAAAAGCUUUCUUCUUCCAUAUGAUGAUAUGUGGACUCCCACCACAGGGUGUGGCCCAGAUAUGGGGUGGGUCCUACCCCCGAAUGAUCCAGAUUUAGAGUGGGUCUUCCCACCUCAAAUGAUCCAAUCAAGAAAGCCCUCACAGGCCUGCCUAGUUGCUUGAGUCUUAGUUGAUUCCAGAUGUCAAGUUGACAGCAAAGAUUAGCUAUCACAUGCAGUGCCGGGAAAGAGACUGAGAGGCAGCCUGGAGUGGUGCCGACCCUUGCCUUCUGUGCCACAGCCACUGCUCGGGGGUCUCAGCUUCCCAUGUGCUCUACGAGUCAGGGCUGCCGUGUACAGGGCGUAGUGCAGAGAAUGGGUUUAUUUUAGCUUUUGAUUUUACAAGAUUGGGUUUCUCUGUGUAGCCCUGGCUGUCCUGGAACUCACUCUAAACCAGGCUGAUCUCAAAGAUCCACCUGCCUCUGCCUCCUGAGUACUAGGAUCAAAGGCAUGCGCCACCACCACCCACCCAGCUAAGGAUGGAGACUUUUAAAAAGAAAGUGGCUUUGUUUUCUUACUAUAUUUUUUGUUUUCAAUUAAAGAAAAAAUUUAAAUACAGAAAAGUAUAAUGUAAAACCCACCCUAAUAUUUUGAUCUGUAUCCCUUUACUGUUCUUCACAAAUUUCAAAACAAAGACAUUGACACAAACUCAUUGUUUCUAAAUUUGUGGAUAGUUGGACAUCUGUAAAUAAGUCAAUAAAACUGUACUAUAUAGGCUAUAUGA